CGGCCGGUGAUUCUGUGGAAGACGAUGGCUGUACCAGGACCUCCUCUGCUCCUCUUUCUCCUGCCUCUGCUGUUGAGCCAGGCAUCUGUGCCUGCAGCUGCAUAUACACUGACCCCUGGACGACAGCCACAACACAAAGUCCUCCACCUGGACUGGCCUAAGGAUUGUGGCAUGCCCCACUUCAAGCCCAACAUGGCUGAGAGGAUUGUUUCUGGAAAUGAGGCCAGACCUCACUCCUGGCCAUGGCAGGUCUCACUGCAGGUUCGUCCAAGGGGAAGUAAACAUUACAUUCACGUCUGUGGAGGAACUCUGAUUCACAAGAACUGGGUCCUUACUGCCGCUCACUGCUUCCAAAAAGGUAAAGCUGAGGAUGCUGGGAGCUGGAGGAUCGUCCUGGGAAAGCACCAGCUGAGGCGUUCAGAGAUGCCAGAGAGGAUUUUCCCAGUGAAGCGUAUCUACAGACAUGAGAACUUCCGUUACCCUGCUCACAGCGAGCUGGACUACGACAUCGCCCUGGUGAAGGCUGGUACAGAUAUCCUCCCCUCCAACUUCAUCCGCUACGCCUGCCUGCCGCGCAAGCAGACCAGCCUCAAACCAGGACACUACUGCUGGGUCACAGGCUGGGGAGACACCCGGGGUGGAAAGGAGAAUGUGUCACUUGCAGAGGCUCUGAAUCAAGCUCGUCUGCCCAUCAUCGACUUCAAGACCUGUCGACAGAAGAAGUUCUGGGGUGAUCGGGUCAGAGACUCCAUGAUCUGUGCCGGGUUCAGGGACACUGAGGAUCCACCAGCCGCAUGUCAGGGUGACUCUGGUGGGCCUCUGCUGUGCCAGCUGGGCCAGGACCGCUGGGAGGUGCACGGCGUGGUGAGCUUCGGCCCCAUCGGCUGCACCGUGGAGAACAAACCCAGCGUAUUCACCCGCACCGCCGCCUACAUCCCCUGGAUCGAGGGUACACGCAUCAGGGACUUCUUCCUGCACUGAGCGAGACGCCGGACUCAGCUCUGACAGCAAACAUAAGCUCAGCUCGGUGUUGUUUCACCUCUGACAUCAUCAGACUGUUCAGAUACAGGUCACGUUUCCUGAGACGCUUCAUGUCUGUGGAAACUCCAUAUGUAAAUACAAGUUCUCAAUGUGCAAUAUUUGUUUUUUACAAUUAUUUUCAUUUUGUACAGUUUACACUAUCGUAGGGCAUACAUUACCACGGCUGGGUAUUGUUUAAGUGCCCGCAGAAGAACUCUUCUCUGGGCACUUUAAAUAAAGGAGUAUGUUUAAAAAUAUUUGAAACAUUUGACAAAAAGCCAAACACAAGAAUGUUUUGCCAAGUGCUGGCCUUCAAUCAGGAUUAAUAAGCAAACAAAUCACAAAUUGGACCUAAUUUUUAAUAUCAUGAAUUCAGUAAAGCCAUGUAAUAAAUCCAAGUACUUAAUUUUAUUACAUGGCUUUACUGAACUGUUUUAUUGGGUCAACAACAGUGUCCAGCAGUAUUACAGACCAUAGCUAUUUACAACAGAAUC